GAUGUAUCACUCGACCUUUCUUACAUAACCGAUCGUAUCAUUGUGUGUGCCUGUCCUACCACGAAAACGCAUAAAAUGGUGUACAGGAACUCACUCUACGACCUCUUGCGAUUCUUGGAGAACAAACAUGGGGACCAUUGGAGGAUUUGGAACUUGAGGGAAGAGUGGAGAGGUGACUAUGACGUUGGUGAUAUUUCCUUAAGGGAUAAAAUGUGCUAUGAGCCAUGGCCGGACCACCAACCUCCAGAUUUCGCAAAGUUGGUUUCGAUCAUUGGCGCUAUUGGGGAGUUCCUAUACGACGAUCCUUUGAACGUUGCGGUGAUCCAUUGUAAGCACGGUAAGGGUCGUUCGGGAUUGAUAGCCAUUGGCGUAUUGAUGAUGAAGUUUGGGUAUCCGAUGGAGGUUGCAGAUGCGUUGUUUACAGAGAGGAGGAUGCGUUCAGGGUUUGGGUCAGGGCUAUCUAUAAGUUGUCAAAGACGGUAUGCAGAGUACUUGGAC